AGCGCAGAGGACGCCAUGAAGGUCCCGAGCGCACUACAAGAGUACAAGGUGGUGGGUCGCUGCCUGCCCACCCCCAAAUGCCACACAUCGCCUCUCUACCGCAUGCGAAUCUUUGCGCCUAAUCAUGUCGUUGCCAAGUCCCCCUUCCGGCACUUCGUAUCUCAGUUAAAGAAGAUUAAGAAGUCUUCAGGGCAGAUUGUCUACUGUGGGCAGGCGUUUGAGAAGCGCCCCCUGCGGGUGAAGAACUUCGGCAUCUGGCUGCGCUAUGACUCCCGGAGCGGCACCCACAACAUGUACCGGGAAUACCGGGACCUGACCAGCGGGGCUGUCACCCAGUGCUACUGAGACAUGGGCGCCCGGCAUGGCGCCCGGGUCCACUCCAUCCAGAUCAUGAAGGUGAGGGAGAUCGCAGCCAGCAAGUGCCGCUGGUCGGCCAUCAAGCAGUUCCACGACUCCAAGAUCAAGUUCCCGCUGCCCAACCGGGUCCUGCGCCGUCAGCACAAAUCAUGCUUCAUCACCAAGAGGCCCAACACCUUCUUCUGGGCGCAGGGGCCUCGCCCGGCUGUGCCCCAAAUAAACUCAGGAACGCCCGGUGAAAAAACAAAACAAAACAAAACAAAAAACAAAACAAAACAAAACAAAAAACAAAACAAAACAAAACAAAAACACCUUUCUACAAACUAGGAACAGAACAGAAUG